UGGCUGACGAGCAGUAUACCUAGCUAUAAUAUAUAAAACGAGCGCAGUAACUCAGGCCAGUCGUAGAAUUGUCGUAUGUUUAGUUGUACGAGUAAAAGGUGUUAUUUUUAAAUUUGCGAUGGAUCGGUGGGCAGGAAAAAUCGCUCUUGUUACCGGAGCUAGUGCUGGAGUCGGCGCUGCCACGGUUGAGACUCUCGUUCGAGAGGGUCUCACUGUUGUCGGCAUAGCCAGGCGAGUGGAGAAGAUCGAAAAACUUGGUGAAAAGCUAAAGGACGCGAAAGGCAAGCUCUGGGCGAAAAAAUGCGACGUCACCAAGGAAGAAGAAAUCCUGGAAGUCGUCGAAUGGAUCAAGAAAACACUCGGAGGCAUCGACAUCCUCGUUAAUAACGCUGGGAUGGCUCAUUUUGCAUCAAUUUCCGACGGAGAUACGGAGGGAUUUCGGCGGAUUUUGAACGUCAAUGUCCUGGCAGUCGCUAUCUUCACCAGGGAAGCUGUACGCUCCAUGAAGGCGCGUCAAGUUGACGGUCACAUAAUCAACAUCAAUAGUGUUUUGGGUCAUGGGGUUCCCGAAGUAAGCGACAAGUACAGUCUAUACCCAAGUAGCAAAUACGCGGUAACAGCAAUGACGGAGGUCACGAGGAAAGAGUUGAUCAAAGCCAACGCCAAAAUCAAAAUAACGAGCAUCAGUCCUGGUCUUAUCAGGACAGAAUUUUUGGCUGUUGCCACCACCGAGGCAGUGGCUGAGGCGGUUUACAGUCAACGACCUAUAUUGGAUCCAGAAGAUGUAGCUAACGCCAUCGUCUAUGCAUUAGGCACUCCACCGCAUCUCCAAGUAUGUGAGCUGAUAUUACGCCCAGUUGGCGCAUCAUGAACGAAUUUCCGGUGGUUAUGAAACUGGAGCUGUGACGGCAGGAUACUCGUACGGCACGAUCGAAUGCAUUCGUUCCAACUUAUAAUUUUAACUCGAAUUGACGGUCAUCAUGCGAGCUUAUUAUGCGAAUACGCGGGUAAAUCUAUAAAUUUGCAAGUCAUUGAAUACACCCAUAUAAUUAUAUGUAUUGUAUGGAUUUUGUAUUAAUAAAAAUUUUCGAGAAAGGAAAAAA